UCCCAAUAAAGAAUCCGCCAACACCCUUUUUGCUCUAUAAAAGCUCUUCCAUGUUCUUGUUCAUCUCUCAGAAAUACUCGAUUUUGAUCUUCAAAAGUUUCAAAAAUGGGAAAAGUUAUUCACUUUCUUUUUUGCAUUUUGAUAUCCAAUUCGAUCUUAUCUUUAGCUCAAGAAGAUUGUAGUUCUUAUAACUUCAGAAACAACGAAAUCUAUGCAACGUGUGUGAGUUUACCUGUUCAAAACUCGAAUCUUCACUGGAACUACCACCCGACCAAUGGCACCGUGGAUGUGGCUUACCGGCACACCGGAGUUUCAACGUCGACGUGGGUGGCUUGGGCUCUAAACUUAAACGGGUCGGGUAUGCUUGGAGCUCAAGCUCUUGUUGCUUUACCCAACUCAAACGGAUCCGUUCAAGGCUAUACAUCGGCAGUUACCAGCUACGGCACGGGGCUGCAACAGUCUCCGUUGAACUUCGCCGUGCCGGCUAUCAGGGCGGAGAGGUUGAACGGCGAUGUUUUGAUUCAUGCGACUUUGGUUUUGCCUGGUGGGAGAACGAGUUUCAAUCAGGUUUGGCAGUCGGGUCCGGUUUCUAACGGAGCUCCGGGUGCUCAUGCUUUGGGUUCUGAGAAUCGAAACUCGUUAGGAACGGUGGAUUUCAUCACAGGUCAGACCGGUGCCGGCGCUGCGGUUGGUGGUUCACUCCUUCAUCGGAGAAACACGCAUGGAGUGUUAAACGCUGUGAGUUGGGGAAUACUUAUGCCGAUGGGAGCCAUGGUGGCGCGUUACGUGAAAGUAUUCAAGGUCGCUAAUCCCGCCUGGUUUUACAUUCACAUCGCCUGUCAAGCCACCGCCUACGGCGUCGGAGUUGCCGGAUGGGGUACCGGACUGAAACUCGGCAGCGACUCCGAGGGUAUCAAGUACACUUCUCACCGGAACAUCGGGAUCACCCUCUUUGUCCUCGGAACUCUACAGGUAUUUGCACUGCUGUUGAGGCCGAAGCCAGAUAACAAAUACAGGAAGUAUUGGAACAUCUACCAUGGCGGCGUUGGGUACACCGUCAUCAUUCUCGCAAUCAUCAACGUCUUUAAAGGACUCGAUAUUUUGGAUCCGGAGAAGAAAUGGAAGCAUGCUUACAUCGGUGUUCUUAUAUCCCUUGGCGCCAUUGCAGCCAUCUUGGAAGCUUUUACGUGGUUCAUUGUUUUGAAUAGGAAGAAAGAGGAGAAGCAGGUGAACGGCGCUCAUGGAGCGAACGGUUAUGGUCACAGCCAUGGGCAGCCGGCGUAAGGGAGUGGAGGACGGCGGAGCUUCAUGACUUGGUUGUUGCUCCCAGUUUUGGGUAGUAGUGAUAGUUCAUGUUUAUACAUCUGUUAUUGUUGAGGUUGAUUAUUGUUGAUAUUUAUAUUCUUUUUUCUCAUGGUUGUAAUUUUUAUACACAUGUAUUUGUAUGUUGAGAUUUACUUUGAAAAUUUAUGGAUUUUUUAA